GAGUGCUGACCUUCUUCACCUCCGUCACUCAGCCAGCCAACUCACAACCAAACACAUCUCCCUUCCUCCAAAAACCAGUCACACUCAGCCAGCAACUACAACACAGACAGACCCUCCAACGAACAAACAAACAAACAGACAGACAGACAGCCUUACAAAAACCGUUGGUUUAUCCGAACCUCCCCCUUUCAUUUUGAGAUAUCAAGCUUCAAAGGCCCGUUCAUCUAGGCCGCUGGUCUGAACAACGAGUAUCCUAAACGGGUUGUUCUUGAUUGAUUCUCUGGUUCUCAACCGAUCACGAGUUGGUUGAUCAACUCUGUUGUCUACAUAUCAAAAUCGUCUCUCUCCAGUCAGGACCAUCCACGAGUUCUCAACCUCCAAGCCAUUCGAAACCUUCAAACUACAUAGGAAGGAAGAGCGCAUAGCAAACUCGUCUCCGAUCUUGUAUCCCCUCGAUCGUCCCUCAACCAAUUCUCAAGAACCUCACUUGCUGCGACACCGUAUCACACAGUCUCAUCAUCAAUAGCCUCGAUCAACAUCAUGGAAGAGUUAUUGAACCCAGCCUCUGACCCGAUCUUGAUCGAUCAAGUAGUUCAAGCUGCUUUCAACACUCAAGGCCCACAACAAAAACAGGCCAUGGCCAUCCUUGCCCAAUUUCAAGAGCUACCGGAUUCCUGGCAGAAGGUGCCGAUGAUAUUGGAAAACAGCGUCUCGCAAAAUUCAAAGUACAUUGCCCUUCAAAUUAUGGAUAAGCUGAUUACGACCAAAUGGAAAGCUCUUCCUGAAACUCAACGAUCCGGUAUCAAGAAUUUCAUUGUCGGUUACAUCGUCAAAAUGACACGUGACGAAGCACAAAUGGUCAAGGACAAGGCUUUUGUCAACAAAAUGAAUUUGAUAUUGGUUCAGAUUCUGAAACAGGAGUGGCCUCAUAACUGGCCUGACUUCAUUCCAGAAAUCAUCGCCUCGUCUCGAACGUCUCUGUCAUUGUGCGAAAAUAACAUGGUUAUCCUCAAGCUCCUUUCUGAAGAAAUUUUCGAUUACAGUGCAGAGCAAAUGACUCAGGCUAAGACCAAGGCCCUGAAGAAUCAAAUGUGUAACGAAUUUGCUGAUGUUUUUCAACUUUGCAAUGAGAUCUUGGAAAAAGCUACCAAACCGAGUCUUAUCACCGCGACUUUGGGUACACUUUUGCGGUUCUUGAAUUGGAUCCCGUUAGGCUACAUCUUCGAGACAAGUCUGAUCGAUCACUUGAUCAACCGAUACCUUGAAGAAAGGCAAUAUCGUAACAUUACCUUAAGAUGUUUGGCUGAAAUCGGGUGUAUAAAGGAUGCCGGCCCAGAAUAUGAUUCGAAAUUUGUCCUAUUACUCACUAUGGUCAUGUCAUCCGUCAACCGAAUCUUACCGCCCAACACCGAUCUAAAGGAGAUGUGGGACUCUCAGCCUCAAUAUGAACAGGAGUUUGUCAUGGCCCUGGCGGUGUUUCUAUGCAGUUUCUUAUUCAAGAAUAGCAGACUUCUGGAGGUUCCGCAGCACCACGAUUUACUAGUCAAUGUGCACAUGUAUUUAGUGAAGAUCUCACAGGUUGACGAUCGGGAGCUGUUUAAAGUCUGUCUAGAAUAUUGGUCAAAGCUUGUCAAGGAGCUGUACGAUGAACAACAGUCUAUCCCCACGGACAUGGGACCACUCAUGGGAAUUGGAUUGAACCUGGUCGGAGGCGCCGGUGGCGUUGGUAGCACUAGUUCCCACUUUGGUGGUGGUGGGGUCGGUGGUGAAUCUCAAGGCCGAAAGCUCCUGUAUCGCGAUGUUUGUAGCAACUUGCGGCUAGUGUUCAUCGAAAAAAUGGUGAAGCCUGAAGAGGUUCUCGUGGUGGAGAACGAUGAAGGUGAAGUUGUACGCGAAUUCUUGAAGGAGACGGACACGAUUGUACUGUACAAGGCGAUGCGAGAGGUUUUGGUUUACUUGACCCAUUUAGAUGUACCCGAUACUGAAGAAAUUAUGCUCAACAAACUUGCCCGGCAAGUAGACGGCUCUGAAUGGUCAUGGAACAAUUGUAACACGCUGUGUUGGGCAAUUGGCUCGAUAUCUGGCGCCAUGAACGAGGAAUCCGAAAAGCGCUUUUUGGUUACUGUGAUAAAGGAUCUCUUAGGGCUCACUGAGCUGAAGCGCGGGAAGGAUAAUAAAGCUAUUGUUGCAUCUGACAUCAUGUACAUUGUUGGACAAUACCCUCGCUUUUUAAAAGCCCACUGGAAAUUUCUGAAGACGGUGGUCAAUAAAUUAUUUGAGUUUAUGCACGAAACCCACGAAGGGGUUCAGGACAUGGCUUGCGAUACCUUCAUCAAAAUUGCUCAGAAAUGCCGGCGGCAUUUCAUCACCCAGCAACCAGGAGAACAGGAGCCGUUUGUGGACGAGAUUGUACGAAACCUCGACAAGAUUACAGAGGAUUUAUCUCCCCAACAGAUACAUACAUUCUAUGAAGCUGUGGGACACAUGAUUGCCGCUCAACCAAAUAGACCGGUUCAAGAACGCUUGAUUGCCGGUCUCAUGCGAGCUCCUAAUGCAGUUUGGGAUCGCUUGAUGCAGCAGUCUGCUGCCAGUGUCGAUGUUCUCGCCAACCCAGAUAAUAUCAAACUGUUAUCAAACGUCCUCAAAUGCAAUGUUUCAGCGUGCAUGUCGAUUGGGUCGUUUUUCCAGCCGCAGAUUGUGCGGAUUUACAUGGAUAUGCUCGGGCUAUACAAAGCUGUUUCUGGUAUAAUCAGUGAAACCGUGGCUGCUGAGGGCAUCAUUGCAACCAAGACGCCGAAAGUUAGAGGACUACGUACCAUCAAGAAGGAGAUUUUGAAGCUGGUGGACACCCACAUUCGACGUGCUGAAGACCUCAAUAGCUUGAAUGACACCCUUCUGCCUCCACUUUUGGAUGCUGUGUUGGGCGAUUACAACCGGAAUAUUCCUGCGGCAAGAGAUGCCGAAGUUUUAAACAUCGUUUCUACAAUUGUCAUCCGGUUAGGUCCCUUGCUAACAGGCAAAGUGGCUGCGAUUCUUGAACUAGUCUUUGAGCCUACUCUGACAAUGAUCAACCAAGAUUUCUCAGAAUUCCCAGAACACCGGGUCGGGUUUUUCAAGUUAUUGCGUGCGAUCAAUGCUAGUUGCUUUACUGCCUUAUUGGCCCUUGAACCCAACAGGUUUAAGCUGAUGAUGGACAGUGUAAUCUGGGCCAUCAAGCACAUCACACGCGAUAUUGCAGACACCGGACUAGCAAUCCUUUUGGAACUGUUUACAAAUGUAUCCACCCACACCGAUCCCCCGACUGCGGCUGCAUUCUUCCAACAAUAUUACCUGGGAAUCUUACAAGAUAUCUUUUUUGUCUUGACUGAUGCGGACCACAAGAGCGGUUUCAAAGGCCAAUCUCAAGUCUUGGCUCGAAUGUGGGGUCUUGUCGAAAGUGCCUCGAUCGCUGGGCCACUGUUCAACCCAACUGAGCAUGAUGCAACUAUGGAUAACGGCCGAUUUCUCAAGGAAUACACCUUUAACCUUUUGAGCACAGCCUUCCCUCACGUUCAACCUUUGAUUAUUCAGCAAUUUAUCACUGGCUGCUCGGAGACAUACAGCGAUGCGGCUCGAUUCAAGAGCAAUCUCAGAGACUUCUUGAUCUCCCUACGCGAGUACUCAGGUACGAGCGAUGGUCAACAUCAUGACUUGUUCCAGGAAGACAAGGAGGCUUUGGCUGCCGCUAAGGCUCAAGAACAGGCUGCGGUUCCGGGGAUGGUUAAGCCGAGUGAAAUCAAGGAUGAGGAUGAAGAGAUCCUUUAGACCUCUACUCAUGUUAUCUCCGCUAUUGACUGAAUGCACAAUUCAAUGAAUCAUCCUUAUGAUCGCGUCUUUUUUCCUCUGUCUUUUGUUUCUCAACAAUGACCGUUUAAAUCUUUGUGAUGUUAGUAGCACGUUUUAUAAUCGCUUUUUACUUAUAUCUUUUUUUUCUGUUUUCUUUUUCUUUUUUUAUCAGGGUGCUACAUUUUACAAUUUUUCAUUUUUGAUUAUGUUUUUUUUUCCCUUUUUUUUCAACUAUUCUUUGGAAGAGAAACAACAGGUCAUGAUUAUAUUUUACAUAUACUUUUUUUUUUAAAAAAAAAAAUUGUUUAUUCCCAUUACUGAAUACUUAUGAUUUAACAUCCC